AUGUUCCCACUGUCUGCUAAUCUCGGCAUAGUCGAAUCGGAUGCCGGAGUAUUCACAUAUCUCCUGGAGAAUCUACUGGUUAAAGAUGUCCAAUUUGAAGAACUCUUAGCACUUGAUGCCAAUCAUCUUCGUCUACUAAACCCAGUUUACGGUGUUAUAUUUCUCUUCAAGUACCUCUCUAGCGAGAAGACAAACUUGGAUUGUUCCCCCGAUGACGGUCAAUUUGAUUAUGAAGCUGCGGAUAAUAUAUUUUUUGCAAUCCAAACUAUACCAAAUGCAUGCGGUACUCAAGCAUUGCUCUCUGUCUUACUUAACCAUGAUAAUAUGAUCCAGGUGGGACCUCAGUUGCGCGAAUUCAAAGAAUUCACUGCCGCAUUUCCGGCACAGAUUAGAGGUGAAGCCCUCAGUAAUUGUGAACUGAUACGGGAUGUACACAAUAGCCUUGCUAGGAGCAGCCCCUUUGUAGAUGAGACCCAACGACAAACAACCGAAGAUGACGACGUCUAUCAUUUUAUUGCCUAUACGUCUGUCAACAACACUCUCUACGAACUUGACGGCCUUCAACCCGCACCUAUUUCACAUGGUCCUUGUUCAUUUCACGAAUUCCCUGAGAAGGUCAUUCCAGUCUUACAACGACGUGUUGAGCGGUAUCCGGCUCAUGAAAUUAGAUUUAACCUACUGGCAAUGGUUCGAGAUUUAAGGCUGACAGCUAGUGAAACAGGAGAUGUCGAGAUGCUGUUCAGGGAAGAGCAGAAAAGGAAUGAAUGGCUCUUCGAGAAUUCAUUACGAAGGCAUAACUUUGUGGGCUUUACUGGCGAAUUGAUAAAAGGUGUUGUCGCGUCAAAAUUACAAGAGAGCCCCGAAGCUUUUGACUCUUGGCUCGAGGAUGCUAUGAAUAAAAUGGAGCAGAGGUCAGGCCGUGCUACACAAGAUAAAAGCUUUGGGUCGAGCAAUACGUACUUGGAACAGCAGAAAUAUAGUUGA